GGGGCUGCGCGGCCGCAUUUCCGCGUGUGUGUAAACGCGGGAUAGGGCGGCUGGCGGCCCGGCAUGGAGGAUGGCUCCGCUCUUGCUGCAGCUGGCGGUGCUCGGCGUGGCGCUGGCCGCCGGGGCCCUGAUUCUGAUUUCCUUUGUUGCGUUUAUAACUGCUACAGAGAUGCCACACCUUCAGCGACAUGAAGAAGAGAAGUUCUUCUUAAAUGCCAGGGGCCAGAGGGAAGCCUUACCCAGCAUUCAGGACUCACCUACCAAACAGCUUUCUGUGGUCGUGCCUUCCUACAACGAAGAAAAACGGUUGCCUGUAAUGAUGGAUGAAGCUCUGGGUUAUCUGGAAGACAGACAGAAACAAGAUCCCACCUUCACUUAUGAGGUGAUAAUAGUUGACGAUGGCAGCAAAGACCAGACUUCAAAGGUAGCUUUUAAAUACUGCCAGAAAUACGGAAGUGACAAAGUGCGAGUGAUAACGCUGGUGAAGAACCGUGGAAAGGGCGGAGCGAUUAGGAUGGGUGUAUUCAGUUCUCGAGGUAAAAAGAUCCUUAUGGCAGAUGCUGACGGAGCCACCAAGUUUCCAGAUAUUGAAAAAUUAGAAAAAGGACUGAAUGAUCUACAGCCGUGGCCAGAUCAAAUGGCUAUCGCUUGUGGAUCUCGAGCUCAUUUGGAAAAAGAAUCAAUUGCUCAGCGUUCUUACUUCCGUACUCUUCUCAUGUAUGGGUUCCACUUUCUGGUGUGGUUCCUUUGUGUCAAAGGAAUCAGGGACACACAGUGUGGGUUCAAAUUAUUAACUCGAGAAGCAGCGUCACGGACGUUUUCAUCUCUCCACAUUGAACGAUGGGCAUUUGAUGUAGAACUGCUUUACAUUGCACAGUUCUUUAAAAUCCCAAUAGCAGAAAUUGCUGUCAACUGGACUGAAAUUGAAGGUUCUAAAUUAGUUCCCUUUUGGAGCUGGCUACAGAUGGGAAAGGAUCUACUUUUUAUACGACUUCGGUAUUUGACUGGUGCCUGGAGGCUUGAACAAACCAGAAAAGUGAAUUAGGUUAUCUGCCAUCUUUGAUUGUACUCUUAUGUAUCAGUGUCACAUUAUUUCAUUUGAAAUUAAAAUUUUAAAGCUGGAAUAAACCUGUGUAUUGUCUGCCUUUUAAUAAUUUUGAAGAAUUUACUGUCAGAAGUAAAAAUCUUUAUACCUCUUU